AGCGAAAUGAGGUGUACAGAGAAUUUGAUAUUGAAACCGACAACUAUCACUCCGGCCAUUCAAAUCUCGGGGACUUGUGAUCACCCCGAAAAAGAAUCCGCUGAAUGUUCCAUAAAUGGUCCAGCCAGAGACAGUCAGUCCUGCCUUUUGUAGGGGAACUACACUAGGAAAAGCACCAAGAUGCCUGGACAAAUAGGGAAUAGGGGCUGAAUGCGGAUACAUCGUUCCCAGCCUUUUUUUACAAAUUAAUCCCAGUGUCUCACGUGACCCUUCACAAUCUCCGUCCACUAAGCGAUCAUCGAUCAUCCUCGGCUCCUCCUCAUUCGUCUCCGUCCACGUGACCCUCCCAAUCUCCGUCCCCACCGCCCAGCCAUCUCUCUCACCAACAACCAUCUCCGUUCCACGUGACCUCCUCUCCACCGCCCAAUCGUCCCAAUCGAGACGACAACACCACCAACCCAUCAACCACCGCCGCAAAUCAACCCACCACCACCACCUCCACCACCUACACACAAGCAUGUUCUCCCGCACCAUCCUCCGCGUCCCGCGCGCCUUCGCCACCACCCCCCUCCGCGCCUUCAGCACCACCCCCGCCCGCCCCCUCGCCAAGCUCCAGCUCAUCGGCCACCUGGCCGGCGCGCCGGAGCUGACGGCCACCUCGACCGGCAGCGAGAUCGUCAAGUACAGCCUGGCGACGAGCAGCGGGCCCAGGGACAACAGGCAGACGAGCUGGUGGAACGUGGCUGCCUUCAUUGAGGCGGGCGCGAGGAGGGACUUUUUGUUGGCGCUGGAUAAGGGGACGUUGGUUUACGUGGAGGGAGACGCGAGGAUGGAUCAGUAUACCGAUGCUGAGGGGAAGGAGAGGAGGGCGUUGAAUGUUGUGCAUCGCUCGGUGGAGAUCUUGAAGAGACCGACUUCGACCGAGGAGUAGAUGGUUGAGACGACGAGGAAGGGGGCAGGAUGAGAUGGAUGCGCGGGAGAUCUCCCCUCUAGGAUUUGCGAAGGAGGAAAUGGCGAACGAUGACUGCGGAAUAUAAUGCAUCUCAAAACCCCCGGCUCGGUAUAGAGAGGAUGAAUGGAUGGAUAAGCAUGGCAGCGGCGGCAGCAUUUCCUUACGUGUAUGAUAUAAGGUAUGGACGAGUCCCGGCGCGGGAGUAUGUAUAAGGAAUACCUACCAAUCAUAAAAACUUUCAUUACAUUCUGUAUUCUGCCUUGGCCACGCAACUUCUCUUCACAACGCGCGCAGAUCUAAUUGCAUUUUUUUUGGUGGAAAACAUCCUUUCAUUGACUCUGGUCCUCUAAUACA